CGUGUCUUGAGUGCUUGUCGUGGGAGAAGUCCGGGGAACCUGUGAGCACGACCUUGGAUAAGUAAUAACGACUAUUCAAGAUUUGAUAUACUAUUCAAGAGACAUUCCACAAUCCAAUCGACCAAGUUUAGAUUUUAAAGAAUACUAUCUAGAAACUCAAAUGGCGGCACAAGAAAAGAACAUGCAAGAGAUAGAAAAGGCGAAGAAGCUCAACCAUGUCCCAUGGGGUGAAGAGUAUGAGAAGAUGAUAUCAGGGAUGCUCUACGGCUCCUGGACCCGCGAUCUAACCGCCGCCCGCUUCAAAGCCCGCGCCUUUGCACACAAAUACAACACAUGGUUCCCCCCGCCCUCCACCGACCCCGCAACUGGCUUCGACGUGCUCGCCGCCGAGCGCGUCAAAAUGCUCAAAGAAAUACUCGGACACGUAGGCGACGAUGAAAUUUUCAUUGAACCACCUUUCAAUAUUGAUUACGGAUGCAAUAUCAGUAUUGGCCCCCGCUUCUACGCAAACUUCAACCUUACUAUUCUUGACUGCUCGCUUGUUACAAUCGGUGCGCGCUGCAUGUUCGGUCCCAAUGUGUCUAUUUUCGCGGCUACGCACGAGACAGAAGUGCAGAGUCGGCGCGAUAACAUCGAGUAUGGGCGCCCGGUUGUGGUGGGAGAUGACUGCUGGAUUGGGGGCAAUGUGGUGAUUUUGCCGGGUGUGACGAUAGGGAGGGGGGCUGGAGGGGGAUGUAAUAGGUUUCUAGUAGUAGAUAGGGAGGGGAGGAAGCAAUGGAGGACUGGCAAGGUUGCAGCACCACUGCUACCAUAGUCCUAUAAAGAAAGCGUGAAGAGUGCAAGCUAUUUGAUACAUCUCAUCUAACAUGACUAUGCCUUCACUCUAUACAAAAAAAAUCAUGUUUUUAGCCUAGAAGCGAUAGAGGGCUUUCACCACUGUUAAAGAGCGCGCGUGCGCACACCAUCUUCAGACG